CUAGAACAAAAGAGCCGUUAGGGAGAGAGAAAAUACACAGACCAUUUUCACACACAGGAGGGAGAAGCACCACAAACAAUGGCGACAAAUAUUGGCAUGAUGGAUUCGGCUUACUUUGUCGGUAGAUCGGAGAUUCUCGCUUGGAUUAACUCCACUCUUCAACUCAACCUCUCUAAAGUCGAAGAGGCAUGUUCCGGUGCGGUUCAUUGCCAACUCAUGGAUGCCGUUCAUCCAGGGAUGGUCCCGAUGCACAAAGUCAACUUUGAUGCCAAGAACGAGUACGAGAUGAUUCAAAACUACAAGGUCCUUCAAGACGUCUUCAACAAGCUUAAGAUCACCAAGCAUAUUGAGGUGAGCAAACUGGUUAAAGGAAGGCCGCUUGAUAACUUGGAGUUCAUGCAGUGGAUGAAGAGGUACUGCGACUCUGUUAAUGGAGGCCUCAUGCACAGCUAUAAUCCAUUGGAAAGGAGAGAAGCCAGCAAAGGAGGGAAGGAAGCGAGCAAGAAAUCUGCAGCAUCACAAUCUACAAACAAAGGUUCGACAGCGACUCCAAGAGCUCAGUCCUCACAAAAUUCUCGAAGGAAUGAUACGUCUUCCGGAAACCCAACAACUCAAGCAAUUAAGGCUUCAAAGCCUUCUGUUGCAGUGCCAGCAUAUGAUGAACAGAUCACAGAGUUGAAGUUGUCAGUGGAUAGCCUUGAAAAAGAGAGGGACUUCUACUUUGCAAAGCUGAGAGAUAUCGAAAUUUUGUGCCAGAGUCCUGAGUUUGAACACUCGCCUAUUGUAGCAGCUAUUAAAAGGAUUCUGUAUGCCACAGAUGAUGAUGCAUCGGUGGUGGCAGAAGCUCAAGCCAUGUUGUCUCAGCAACAGAAGGAAGCAGAGCCAUUGAGUCCGAUUGCGGAGGUAUCAGAAGAGAAAGCAAGUUCAGAUACUCAAAAGAGGAAAAACAUUGUGAAUGUUGAUGUUGAUGCUGCUGGCAUCUCAACCUUGUCUCCAAGGCAACGGCUUUCUGAUGUUUCCGAUGUUCAUUGCAGUGGGUCACCUCUUAUGACCUACUGAUGAACUCAAAUCCUAGGGAUUAAAAAUGCAGGUUUGCCAACAAUUACAUCUAUUAGAGAGUAUGCUUCUUAUACAACAAUGCGACAACCUUUCACUAAAAUUCUGUAUGUGCUUCUGAUUUUCAGUUAUUUUGUUUGAUUUGUAAAAUCUUUAGAGAACUUCUCUAAUUCUCCUUAAGAGUAAGGUGCUGAUUUUCAGUUUCUGGUCCA